AUGUAAUUUAUUUAAUUUAUAAAUUUUAAAAAAUUAUGUCAAACCAUUUUAUUAAACUAAAUUAAAAAAAAAUUUGAAUUUAUAAAAUGUCUUAAAUUUUAAUUAAACGUGAUUUGCAAAUAUAAAAGCGGAAAUAAAAUUGGGCAUGAUGGAGCUUCUACUAUUGGUGCAGCACUUGGUAACUUCAAGUUCCUAACUAAUCUCAAAUUUAACAUUUCGUUCAAUGAAAUCGGUGAUAAAGGAGCAUAAAAUAUUGGAUUAGGUUUGAGUAACUGCACUCAACUUACAAAUUUAGAAUUUGACAUAAGAUACAAUUAAAUUGGGCAUGAUGGAGCUUCUACUAUUGGUGCAGCACUUGGUAACUUCAAGUUCCUAACUAAUCUCAAAUUUGACAUUUCGGGCAAUGAAAUCGGUGAUAAAGGAGCAUAAAAUAUUGGAUUAGGUUUGAGUAAUUGCACUCAACUAACAAAUUUAAUUUUUAGCUCAGAGUAAAUUUGA